AAUUACUGAGUGUUAGGGUAAAACGACCUUAUAGCAUUCAUUUCUAAAUUGAUUGUAAGAAAGGCUAAAUAUAUCCAAUCCCCUGAAGUAUUUAUUAUAGCUGUGACAUGCUCUAGAAAUGAAACUAUUUGCAGCAAACUUGGUCCUGCUGAAUUGUAUUACAAACGUGUUGUCAGACCUAGUUCUAUUUGGACAACGGAAACCAAUCCUCUGCAAAAGAAACGGCGAAUCUACAAGGUCAUUAAUAAGUUUUUAAAGAAAUAAUUGAUCUCUAACUAUUCUGCGAUGUUCCAAGGAUGUAACAUGUAACUUUGUUUCACAAUCAUCAAUGAUUAAGUUAACAUUAAUUCUAUUUUCUAAGUAUUUUUACAAAUUUUUACUCUAAGAAGUCUGAAUAGAACAGAAACGCAACAAUCACUUUGCUGUGGUCUUAUCUUAGUAGUCGACCAGCAAUCGCUGCAGCUGUGUAGAAAAACUGUCCAUUAGAUACCUACACAACGAAUUAUCAAUGAUAUCACUUUGCUGAAAAUCCAUAAUAUAGCUCUUAUCCGGCCAACAACAAUUACAAAACUGUUAUCUGUAUGCAGACCGUCUGAUUGCAUAACAUAUAAUUUUUGUUAGACGUGAGUGGGCUGGUAUAUUUUUUAAGAAACCGUUAUCUCUAUAAAACACACCAUACUCACAGUGUAUACUAGUCUCGUAACUCAAACUCCAUCGUAUGCCCGUGAAACAAACACGUAUUUCGGGUUGUCGGUUGCAAAAUUGCUUAUUUAUACGAUCUCACAGUAAGCUUUUUUUAUUUUAAAAAGAGUUCUUAGUUAAGUAUUUUCUUUAUCUAGCCAUCGAAUUUUAAAAAAGGAACUUUUAAACAAAGUUUUAUUCUUCCGAUCGAAUAAUUGUAAUUCAAAGUUCUGUUCGAAAAUUAAAAGGAAGAUAAACAGUUUUAUGAACAUGGUGAAGGUUAAAGUGCAACAAGGAUGGUUGGAAGGCGAAACCCUCGAGUGCUCAACUGGACAAGGCAGCUACCACAGCUUCAAAGGGAUCCCUUACGCCACACCACCUUUGGGAAAGUUGAGAUUCAAGGCACCACUGCCUGCUGAACCCUGGGAUGGAACCAGACAAGCUAAGGAAUUCGGACCAAUCUGCCCUCAGAAGGACUUAUUCAAUAACGAAACUUUCCUCGGCAAUGAAGAUUGUUUAUAUCUCAAUGUUUACUCUCCAAACAUGAAACCUUCUAAACCUCUCACUGUCAUGGUAUUCAUUCACGGAGGUGCUUUCAAAUGGGGUUCUGGAAAUGAUGAUAACUAUGGACCUGACUUCUUAAUGGCACACGAUGUCGUUUUAGUCACUUUGAAUUACAGACUGGAAGUAUUAGGAUUCUUGUGCCUUGACACAGAAGAAGUUCCCGGCAAUGCAGGACUGAAAGACCAAGUUGUGGCAUUGAAGUGGGUAAAAGAGAACAUCAGCAACUUUGGAGGAGACCCAAACAACAUCACAGUAUUCGGGGAAAGCGCUGGAGGAGCUUCCACUGCUCUGCAUAUCCUAUCACCUAUGUCUAAAGGCCUUUUCAAUAGAUGUAUACCUAUGAGUGGUGUACCUUUGUGUGACUGGGCAACACCAUUUGAACCUAGAAGGCGCGCUUUUGCAUUAGGAAAACUAUUUGGUUUGGACACGAAAGACCCCAAGGAACUACUAGACUUUUUGCAGGGUAUUCCAGCUGAAAAGCUUAUGGAUGUAAAUCCUCACGUGUUAGUUUCUGAAGAAGUAACUAGUAAAAUUUAUAAGAUCUUACCUUUUACUCCCGUCGUAGAGAAAGACUUUGGCAACAACAAUUUCAUAACGAAAACGCCAUUUGAAAUUUUGAAAAGUGGUAAUAUAAAUGAUGUGGACGUGUUAAUAGGAUAUACUAGUAUGGAAGGUUUGAUAAUGUUACCGCUGUUUGAUGCAAACACAGCUUCAUGGGAAAUGUGGGAAAAAUAUCCGGAACUCCUGGUUCCCCACAAUAUAUUAUACGAAUCGAAACCGAAAACAAAUUUAGAAAUUGGCGAUCGAAUUCAAAAGCAUUAUUUUGGUGAUAAAAAUAUUUCAGUGGACACAAUCAAAGAGUUGGUCUCCUAUACAAACGACUCAAUUUACGUCUAUCAUGUCUAUCGGUUUGUUAAGCUACUUGCAAAUAUUGGCAAAAGUAAAAAAUAUCAAUACAGAUUCUCUUGUGUUUCUGAUAGGAAUGUUUAUGGCCAAUCCGGUAAAAAACAUGACUUGAUUGGGGCAUCUCACAUGGAUGACAUGAUGUAUUUAUUCGAUGCAAAGAAGACCGUUCAGAAACUAGGAGAAAAAGAACAAACUCUUAUAAAGCAGACGUGCACAUAUUUCACUAAUUUCGCCAAGUAUGGUGUAAUGACCACGUCCUCCUCGGAGGUUCAGUGGCCGGAGUUUGGACAAGGCGAGUACUAUGGAGACAUUGGAGACCAGCUCACGAUCGGGCAGCACCUGGACGCCGACGCCAUCAGCUUCUGGAGGAGCAUCUAUGAAGACGCCGGAAUCGAGUUCGUUUAGGAUAGAGCAAAAAGUGAAGAAGAGAUGUAACAAAGAAUUAUUACCAAAAGAUAAUUGUUAUACGUUUAUUUGGAAUGUACUAAGGAAUGUUUUUCUUUUUAUAAUAUUGAAGGCUUUCUCUUACAAUUUCUUUUACCACUAUUUUUUUAUACAAAUCUUAAAUGACAACAAAAUCAUACAUCUCAUAUUAACUGUAAGAGAUAAUUAUUUAUCUGUCACAGCACCUAUAUGUACGAGUAUAUGUGACAGAAAAAAUAUUAUACUGCUGCCAUCUCAAAAUUUCAAACCUAAACCCAAUCCAGUUGCACUGCGGUCUUAGUGUCGCCGCACACGGGCCACUCGCCACGGUCACAAUCGCCGCCACGGGAAGCUAGAAGCGGCUACUAAAGUGGCUGAAGCGCGCGACAGCGGCCGACUAAGGCAAGGGAGAGAGGGAGGGGAAUCGCGCGAGUAACGUGUGGCGGCGUUUUGUAUGUGGCCGGUGCGGGCCACAAGAAGCCAGCAACGACAAUUUGUAGCGUGUGGCGGCCACCGGCUUAUCGUGUGUGGCGAGUCCAU